UAUACUUCCUCAUUCGCUGACUUCUGUUUAUCUCACUAAGUACACCACUUCCUUAGAGAACAGAAGGUACGUCACCCUCAGGCAAGACACUUCUUAGCAUCUAAGAAAGGCAAAAAAGGUUCCAAAAAGAAAAUGACCUCUACUGACGAAGCACUGGCUGCUACAGGGUGGGACGCAUCAUUUUCCACCUUUGAUAGCUACGAGUAUGAUCCUGAACCAUGCAGCAAAAAUGAAGUGAGGCAUUUUGAGUCCUGGUUCCUUCCCACGUUUUUCUCCCUGGUGUUCCUGCUUGGCUUGGCAGGGAACGCCCUCGUUGUCUUGGUCCUGUUCAAAUACAAGAGGCUCAGAAGCAUGACGGAUAUCUACCUGCUCAACCUUGCCAUCUCCGACCUUCUUUUCGUCUUUGCUCUUCCCUUCUGGUCGUACUAUGUGGCCGACAAUUGGGUGUUUGGAGACGGCUUGUGUAAAUUUGUCUCUUGGGUGUACAAGAUUGGAUUUUUCAGUGGGAUCUUCUUCAUCAUGCUCAUGAGCAUCGACCGGUAUCUCGCCGUUGUUCAUGUCGUGUUUGCCUUGAAAGCAAGAACCGUCAGCUAUGGCAGCCUUGCCAGUGUUGUUGUGUGGGUAGUGGCCAUAACGGCAUCUGUUCCAGAGCUGAUAUUUAGCAAGUCCGUUAGCUACUAUAACUACACCAUGUGCAGAGCAGAAUACCCUAGGAACGACAAUACUUGGAACCUUUUCACCUCCUUGGAGAUCAACAUUUUAGGCCUUCUGGUGCCAUUCAUCGUCAUGUUAUUUUGCUACACAAGGAUAGUCAUGACCUUGCUCCACUGCAGAAAUGAAAAGAAGAAGAAGGCUGUAAAGAUGAUCUUUGCUGUUAUGAUUGUGUUUUUUGUGUUUUGGACCCCUUAUAGCAUUGUACAAUUCCUACAAUGUUUGGCUGAAGUGGGCGUUUUGGAAGAAUGCCUGACCAGCAAAAACUUGGACUACGCAGCUCAGGUGACUCAAACUCUAGCAUUUUUCCAUUGCUGUCUCAAUCCUGUCAUCUACUUCUUCAUGGGACAGAAGUUCAAGAGGUACAUCAGAUUGUUCUUUAAGAAGUGUGUCUUUUCGAAAAUAUUUUGCAAAUCUUGUGGGCGCCCCGAUACAUUCAUCUCCGAGUCAUCAGGCUCAAUCUACACUCAGUCCACAAGUGAUGAAGAGGCCCUCUGAAAAGCCUGAGGUUGUCUCGUGUGAGAUCAGGCCAAAAUGUGAUGCUAUCUCAGGUAUCAGAACAAUUGUGAGUUUGCUUUGCCAGAACCCAGAGGCUGUGUGAUGACAGAUAAGCACAGCCUAAUUGUAAAGCUUUGGACAUGAAAAAGAAAAAAGGAGGAAGACAUCUUGGGAACAAGAAUUCUCAGUUUACUCCAUUUGAGCUCUGCAGUCAACUUAAGCACCUGAUCAUUAGGGAUAGGCAAAUUUCUCAAUAUCAGUUUAUUGUUUUUCCUAUCUCAAGUCUGUUUCUCCAGGUUUCCACAAUAGUAUGAGAAACGCUUUGGAAGAAAGUACUCAUUAAAAUUCAUCAGGAUUUUGGCGUGGAUUUUCCCCAACACCCAAUUGUUGAAUUCAAUUUCCCCUAAUAUACACAUUUUGCAAAGCAUUUCCUGCUAAGAUAAAGUGCUUUUGGAUGUUAUUUUCACUAUGAUAUGGACUUAUAUGAAGACUCCACCCUAGUAUAUGCAUUUUUAUGCACCUACUUAGCUGGGGAACCGUGUUGCAAAAUUCAGAAAAGGGCAAAUUUCAAGAGAUGGUGGUGUUUCAGUUGACAUAUCGUUUCGGAAAGUGUAAAUUCUUCAAGCUCGCCUUUGAAUGCAAACUGAAUCACAUUUCUCUGGCAUCCCUUUUCAUCAUCUUAUGAGUUUCUUUUGAAGUCAUCACAUGAGAUCUACUUCCCGAGUCCUUUUUAGGCUUCCACCCACCUCCUUCAGUGAGAAGAUCGCUUUAAACCAACUCACAGUUUAUUCUUUUUUUAAAAAAACCCACAACACGCCACCUGUUAGAGUCAUGUUAAGCUGUAAGGCAAUUCUGAGAUUGUACAUUGUAACAGGUGGUGUGUUUUUAUUAUUAUUAUGUUAUUAGCUAUAAUACUUUUAAAUGUGAUCUGCUCUGUAUCUCAGGUCUGGCUGUAGAAUCUAAAGUUAUUUUAUUUGCCCAUGUUAUUUGUCCACUUAUUCAUACCUCUCAACUGCCUAAAAUAUGAACUGCAUUAUUUUGCAUAGGUAUGUGAUUAAAUGCAAGUCCGUAGGAACAUAGGACUCACUAGGUAUUGCCGCUGUUUCCAGGUUAGACUGUCUCCCUAUUAAUAUAUGGCCAUCUACAUGAUGUCCUCCCCUGUUGUCCCUGACCCGUCCCCCUCGGUGUGGGUGGGUGUGUUGGCCAUUUUGGACUUUCAAAGGAUUUUUAAAAAAAAACCCUUAUAUUUUAUUGAAGUUAUUUCAAUUAAAAGAAAUAAAGUGAUACAGAGAAAAAAGAAGGAAAAGUGCAAGGAACAACAACAACAGAUAUAAAAGUGAAAAUAUGUGCUCUCAGUCUCUCUCUAUAUAUAUGAGAGACAUUCCCAUACAUUCUUGUGUAAAUUGGUAUAGUGUUAUUGUCCUAGUGCUUAUGUAAAUGUUAAGAGCCUACUACAUUUUGUAUAAGCUCAUUCCAAAUAUCCAUUCAUGAAUUGCGAGUGAUGUCAUAUCGUCAGUUCAUUGACUGAAGGGUAUCAUACCUUUAUUUUUUCCAAAUCCUCAAUAUCAAUCUCUUGGCCACCAUUAGGGCAUGGAAAAUCCAUUUCCGUUGUCCCGUUGAUAAUUUUCGCACUGCAGGUUUAUACCGUAUUUUUCUGUGUAUGAUGUCCCCAUGUAUAAGAUUUUGAGGGACUCAAAUUUCAGAACAUGGGGGAAUGCCGAAAAUCACUAACCCGACUGACAAACGCUGACAAUCGCUCGUGUUGCCAAAGCCAACAGCAGCUGGAAAUUACAUUGCCCAACUGACACAGCGGCAGCCAAUCCACAGCAGCCCUUGCCACAGCAACCAAUCACGCACCCAAUUACCACAGCAACAGCCAAUCCACAGCAGCCCUUGCCGCAGCAACCAAUCACCCACCAAAUCACCACUGACAAGCUCCUGCUCACGGCUUCAACCAAUCAGCAGUCCCCCUAUGCACUAUCCAUGUAUAAGACGACCCCCGUUUUUAAACAUUAUUUUUGAAUAAAAACCCCUCAUCUUAUACACGGAAAAGUACAGUAGUUCAAUAAGAUAUUCUCCGCUGAAAGAUUUAACUUUUUCUGCAUAGUCAUAGUUACACAGUUCAGCACUUUCUUCCAAAACUUAAGCAUAGAACACUGUACGAACAUAUGUUUCAAAGAGGCAUUGUCCUUGCCAUGGAUUAGGAAACCCUCCAUUUAAAGGGGACAAGGUCUGGGAUAACACUGGAAUGGGGAUAUGUCAUGAGGACACCCCUAUAUUAGUGAGGAGAUAGGCCACUGGAAAUCCACAUUUUGCUUCGGUGUGGACAAGUCCAUAGAAAUAACCUUAAAAAUUGGUACAAGAUCCUCUCUCUAUGGACACAGUUUGUCUCUGCGCACGAAGACUUUCUUGAAGGCAUAGUUGAUCUUUCUCUUCCUCCAUCACCACCCAGAUUGCCUCUUCAGAAACCGAAAUAAGAAAUGUUGAUUGUUUUGUGUUCAGUUAAAAAAAUAAAAAUAAACAGCUAAACAUAUUUAGUGAUUUCCUCAUAGCCAGCACUCCUGUCCUUCAACAGAAAUGUUUAUUUUAACCUAUGAACUGAUAACAUAAGAAAAGUAUAAGUUGAAUGAACAAACAUUUGUGUUUCUGUCUACUUAUAACUGCCAUCAUUCUUAAGUAAACGCCUUGGAAAAGUUAGAUUUAUGGAUGAAUUUGUCCAGACUUUGCGCAAGAAUAAUGGGAAAUGAAUUACAAACACCUUGAACUAAAUG